ACGUUGUUCCGACCUAUGUGGCGACCUCACAGCCAAUCUGAUUCAUAUAAAAUUGUUGUAUCUGAUUUUGACCGAAGGAUAUACGCGAAGUGCUGCUAUUUUUCUCCGUCCCUUGAACGCCACCAGGUACUAGUUCCUUUCUUCUUCGUAUCAGAUCAGAAAUAUGAUGUUAGAUCCAUUUUAUAAGCCACUCUUUUAAUUUCAGUGAAUCUAUCAAGUGAAACCAAGGUGAGGGUAAGAAUUUCCGAAGUUGCAGCAUGGGGCUGCUAUCUUAUGUUGGGUCCUCCUUCCUGCGAAAGUGUCGCAAAGGAAACAUUGGCAUGUCAAGAUUCUUGCAUACCAAUAAUUUUGAACGCAAGUUGAUUUCAUCUGGUGGUAAUGAAUCAUAUGGACAUUUUAGCAAAAGAUCAUACUCUUCACUUUUGGCUGCUGGAACUGAGUGUAGGACUACAGGUGCUAGAAUCAGGAUGCCAAAUAUAGGAAGUGAAGGGUUCACGAGUUCAACUUAUCUAUCACUCGCCAGAAGAAAUUCAAGAUCGAUCCAUUUUGACAGCAAGAAUAGUUGUUUACCAACCUCGGUGAACCCUGAACAGAUUGUUCAAAAUUCUGAAUUCCAUAAUAUAACUACUGAUAUGGUGAAGAUAAUGGGGGACAUCCCAAGAUGGAUAUCUCAAAGUGUCUCCACGAUAGCUCCUUGUGAUGCAGCAGAACCAUGGCAGAUUGGAUUUCAAGAUGCAGCAACACCUAUGAUGCAAGGAAUAAUAGACUUGCAUCACGAUAUCUUUUUCUUCCUCACCAAUAUUGCUGUUUUCGUAUCAUAUAUCAUGGCUCGCGCUUUGUGGCAUUUUAGCCACAAAAGGAAUCCAAUUCCGCAAAGGAUUGUUCAUGGAACAACAAUCGAGAUUCUCUGGACCAUAUUUCCUAGUAUCAUCCUUAUGUUCGUUGCUAUACCAUCAUUUGCUCUGUUAUACUCAAUGGACGAGGUGGUGGUUGAUCCAUCCAUUACUAUCAAAGCUAUCGGACAUCAAUGGUAUUGGAGUUAUGAGUAUUCAGACUAUAACAGUUCUGAUGAACAGUCGCUUGCUUUUGACAGUUACAUGAUUCCAGAAAGUGAUCUUGAAUUGGGUCAAUUGCGUUUGUUAGAAGUGGACAAUAGAGUGGUAGUCCCAGCCAAAACUCAUCUACGUUUUAUUAUAACAGCAGCUGAUGUACUUCAUAGCUGGGCAGUACCUUCCUUGGGUGUCAAAUGUGAUGCUGUACCUGGUCGUUUGAAUCAGGUCUCUACUUUUAUUCAACGAGAAGGGGUAUACUAUGGGCAGUGCAGUGAGAUUUGUGGAACCAAUCAUGCAUUUAUGCCUAUCGUCGUAGAAGCAGUUUCUACUAAUGAUUAUAGUUCUUGGGUUUCAAAUCAAAUGCAGUAAUCUGCCUUGAGUUUGUGCUGUUGGUAAUAAAAGUGUACCUCCAAGAUACUAUGUUUUUUUGCUUGGGUGUCCAAGAUACAAUAUUUUCUUGAUUGAGUGUCCAAGAUACAAUAUUUUCUUGAUGGAGUGUCUAAGAUACAAUUAAUUAUGCACUCUUUUAGUUUUAAUAAUAAACUUUUUUUUUGUUUUAUUGUA